ACAGUGACACCCUAGAGCUGGUGGUGACAGGAGUUUACCUCAGCAAUGUCACUCUGUCAGCCAUUCCCAGCCCUGUGGUGACUUCAGGAGGGCGAGUUACCCUUCAGUGUGAGUCACAAGAGCCGUAUAAUAUGUUCAUUCUAAUGAAGGAUGGUGAGAAGUUCUCGAGUCCUGAACCCUCACAGAUAAUACACUCUGACAUAUUUGGAGCCCCGUUCUUGGUGGAUCCUGUGACCCCCAACAAGAGGUGGAGGUUCACAUGUUACGGUUAUUUUUUGAGCACCCCUCAGCUGUGGUCGGUGCCCAGUAACCAACUGGAGCUCCUGGUAUCAGGGACCCUUCACAAGCCCACCAUAUGGGCUGAGCCAGGUUCUGUGAUCACCUCAGGGAGCUAUGUUACCAUCUGGUGUAAGGCAAAUCAAACAACUAUAAUCUACGUAAUAUAUAAAGAGGGAAGCCCAGAACCUGGGGACCAACAGAACCAAAUAGUCUACAAUUAUAAUGCAAAACUCACCAUUUCAUCUAUGACUGAAUUGAAUGCAGGGAGAUAUCACUGCUACUCAUACACCUCUGCUGGAUGGACAGAACGCAGUGACACCUUAGAACUGGUGGUGACAGGAGUCUCCAACAAACCCAUACUGUUGCCACUGCAAGACCCCGUUGUGACUGUAGGAAUGACUGUGACACUCUCUUGUACCUCAAAUCAUUCAUACAACUGGUUCAUUUUAACUAAGGAUGAUCAGAAGUUCUUGCACAGUGAGAGUUCACAAGAUAAAGACACUGGGUUAUUUUUUGCCGAGUUCCAAGUGAAACCAACGGCCUUCGGCCAAAGGUGGAUGUUCAGAUGCUAUGGCUCUUACAGAAGUAAUCAUCAGGUGUUGUCAGAAGGGAGUGACCUUUUGGAACUUCUUAUCUCAG